GUUGACGACAUGUCGUUUUGCUUAUCAUCAAAACGGUGAAGAGAAGAGCGGCUAACAAAACAAACCCUUUCAUCAACGUUUCACUGCACUCGCGAGGAAGACUUCAUCAAAUUAAUGGCACUGCAAACUCUGAAGCUCCUUACGAUCUCUAGCUGUUGCAACACUUCAAGCUUGUUUUUAUUCUCCAAUUCCACCUCUCAUACUCUUCUUGGAAGAUGGCUGAAAGGCCAAAGACAAAACCCCAUCAGAAUGUUUGCUGUUUCUAAAUCACAAAAGAUUCAAAUACCCAAAAAGAAAAGGAGGCUGGAUGAGGUUUGUCUUGAAAGGUUUCAGCAAUAUAGUCGAACUUAUAUACAGUCUUGGAUUUUACAAGGUAAAGUUUUUGUUGAUGGAAAGAUGGUGAACAAAGCUGGAACGCCAAUCUCUGAUAAGGCAAUUGUAGAAAUAAAUGCUGAAGUACCAAAAUAUGUAUGUAGAGCUGGACAUAAGUUGGAAGCUGCUAUUGAACAGCUGAAUGUUGAUGUUGUGGGUAAAGUAGCACUUGAUUCAGGACUAUCCACUGGAGGAUUUACUGACUGCCUACUUCAGUAUGGUGCAUUGAUUGUUUAUGGAGUUGAUGUAGGUUAUGGACAGGUAGCAGACAAAAUUCGCCGAGAUGAACGCGUUUGUGUGAUAGAACGAACAAACUUAAGAUACCUCUCUAUACUCCCGCAAAAAGUUAAUUUGGUGACUUUGGACCUUUCAUUCAUUUCUAUUCUCACGCAGGUCAUGCCAGCGGUGGUAAAUUUGAUGACAGAAGAGGCAACUUUAGUUACCCUGGUCAAACCUCAAUUUGAAGCUCACAGAUCACAAGUAGGAGGUGGUGGGAUUGUGAGAGAUCCUCUAGUCCAUCAGGAGGUUCUUGAAAAAAUCAUAAAAGGGGUGGAGAAUUUCGGAUUCCAAAAUAAAGGGUGGAUUGAGUCUCCUCUAAAAGGUGCAGAGGGUAAUGCAGAAUUUCUAGUUUGCUUUAGCCGGAUAGCUGAGAAACAAGCAGAAGAAUAAACCCCUUAAGAAACAAAAUCAGAUGCCCAGCUAUGAACCCUUUGAUUUGAGAAAUACGAAUACACAAGAUUCUACAUGCAGUGUGGUUGCAUUCAAGCCAGAGAAAGUUUUGUUACAUCUGAUUCCAUAUAUUGAUCCUAUUUAUAAGCGAGCCAUCCUAAUUUUCUCUCCCAAAGUUCAUCAGAAAAUAAAUAGCCACUAACGUUGUGUUUGUUUUGUUUAUCUCCAUGUUUUUACAUUGCCAGCAUUUCUAAUCUGAAGUAUUCUUUUAAGCAUUUUCAUUGUACCUGGCCAACAACUGAGAACCACUGGACCAGAUGUUAUUCAACCGCUACUCCAUGUUUAUCUAGAGCAGCAUCGCUAGCAACUCUGCAAGUAACAAUUUUAUUGUAUAUUUCUUGUGACAGAACCUAAAAUCACUGAAUGAAACAGAAAUUUUUGCUUCAAGUAUAA